GGCCGACGAAGCCUGCGAUUGUCGAGGGCUAAAGGAACACUCCGAAAACAGUCUCCGUUUCCAGAGGAAAAGCUUGCACGCAGCUAUGCUUUGCAGUUGCUACCAAGUGAGUUCCCUUCCCCGUGAUCGCGUAGGGUCGUUUCUUCGGAGCCACGAAGGCAGCACGCGACACGGAUGGCUGAGCCGGGACUUUUUUUCGUCUGGAAAAUCUCCUUCCUUCGAUUCGCAGAAGCCCGCAGUUUCUCACGUUGUCGUCGGUGACUACACACACGACCAUUUUGUGGUGUGCUGCGGUUAGAUGCUCGUCCAUUUCUUCGUUUUUUCUCCCCCUUACGGCUCGUUUCUCUUGAGGGGCUUUGCUCUAUAAAAACUCUGCGAUCUGUAUCAAGCCGGACUGUUUCGUUCUCAACGCUGACGCUCAUUUGUCCAGCUUUCGCUGCAGUAUCUUCGAACUCGAUAUAACGGAACACCUCGCUGUUUUUCGGCUUCUCACCUCCUCGCCGACUCCAUUCAACCCAGCCCCCGGUGACAGUUGGACUCACGACUCAGAUCUGGUUUCCCCUGAGAGACGUCUUGUACCCCCCAGUCCGCUUUUUACACUUCCAAUUUUCCACAUUGUUUGCAGCUUCUACAUUCUUGCGAUUUCUCGCGUUGUAUGGACAGGUAGAGGAACCCUGUCGCGGGCGGCAACUUGAUGUCUACCGCGAACUUGUUGCUUUGAUCACUACUUGCUAGCGGGGAGUUCACCUUUGAUCCGGACUGCCGAAGAAAAACUCUUCCCUGCCAUCUCGUACGUACUUGCCUCCCGGCUGUCAUCCCUCCCGCCUUUUUCCUGGGCUCCUGAGGGAGGGACUUCGCCCCGGGGUUUCCCGAGUCGUCAUAUCCCCGCUCUACGUGUAGCAAAGCAAGGGCACGAGGCUUAGUUGUCUGCGACCAUCUGACACUGCCUUUCCGUCUCGAGUAGAAAAAGGCAAUUCGACUCUCGCCUUUUACGGUGGCUUUCGGCCCGUGAGUUGUUUCUUUUCCUUUUUCGUCACUUCUUCACACCAUGGCGGCAGCGAAGGGCUCCAAUGCACUCAUUCAGCAGCUCCUCGAGGCAGAGGAGGAGGCCGACACCAUCGUCAACAAAGCGAAGGAAAACCGGGUGAAGAUGCUCAAGGAUGCCCGCUUCAGUGCUGAGGAAGAGCUGAAGGUAUUUCGCGCCAAAGAGGAGGAGCGAUUCAAGGCGGAAUACGAACAGACCGCAGGCCAAGAAGAUUCUCUGGUGUCGAGCCUGGAGGCGAAGACAAAGGGCGAGAUUGAGGGCAUCAAGAAAGACUACAUGGAGAACAAAGACAAACUCAUCGAGUUCAUUCACAGAAAAGUCAUGGAUGUCGAUCUUUCGUUGGACACGGAAACGAUUGCUGUUCUACGCACUUGCGACAAACGAGGCGUCGCACCGUAAUUUGGUAGAUAUCGACCCGGUGUUUGGGAAAAAGCUGACUUUUUCUGAGACAAUGCAAUUUACGGUGUGGAACAUUUUUCUUUGCGUGCACACGAGCAUCUGCGCGUGAUUGUCUUCCGGACACCCAGACGCGGCUGGAGUGUCGAAACUCUGCGGACUUCUUUCUCCCAGCUAGAUGCCGAAGCAGAGCACUCCGCAUGCAGAUGCACGUGUUCGAGGAAACGGACGAAAAGGCGACAGCAGACUCUCCCUGAGUGUACUCGGGGCCUAUGAUACCUUCAGUAUAAGAUUACGGGGUGACAACACCAAAGCAGAACACCAGGUCACUGGACACACCUACAGGACCACACCAGAGAGGUCUGCAGAAUGAUAUGAACAGCAGGCUUUCACAACGCUUUCCGGGCUGUAUUCUGCUAAGCCGCCAAGACGGCAAGACAGAAAAUCUACGCAUCACAAUUUAGCAGGUCUCUGUAAAAGCAAAUGCUGCCGAAUAGACAUUGGUCUCCCACCAACGACAAGGUCCGCAUUUUAGACUACAGGUGACGUCGAAUUUGAAACUCCAGUCAGGAUUACAGCCGGAGCAUUUAUUGAAAUGCUCAAACUUCUCUCGUAUGUUUCGCACUUAAAACCUACUUCCAAUUACUUACCCGUCACACGCCUGUCUCCGGAGGGUCGCUACAGCAUCAGAAGGCUCCUCCCUUUUGGCUGUGCACUGUUUCAUUAGUAUUACAGACACUUUCCAAUCAAACUUUAUAAAUACCAUGCAGUUUCAUUUUCGAAUUGCUGCAAUCCUAUGUGUUGAACCGAUGACGACACUUUCGCUUUAACGUCUUAUCC